AUGUACUUGCAAAGCCCUCUGGAUCUGCUCAAAAAUUAUAACCGCUUCAACCAAACAGCGUUUCAGAAAGCAACUAUCGUCUUCUUUGCCUGCCUUACCAUUGCACUGAAAUUGAUCCUUGCCAUCUUCACCAAGCUCAACUCAUCGGUUUCAAUCUACCAUGAUCUAGCAACUACGCCAUUGAAUCAAUCAGUAGCCACAUCCAAGUAUAGCUGGCCCUCAACUAUGCCAGUAUUUGAUCACUUCAUCCCUUACUUGACGAGUCCAAAUACAACUUCACUUGAAGAUAUGACAAACGCAUACAUUGAUUUCAAUCUUCGUCAGAGCAAUACGCGAAACAGUGAUGGCCAUUGGUUUACACCCAACGUUACCAAACGCUUUGAGUGGGACAAUCAUCAAGUGGCGCUCUCUUAUGGAUUUCUCGGCUCACCAGCACAAGAGAACUUUACAGUUUUUCCAUUCAGCAGACAAGGGUAUUCAAGUACCGUGGCAAGCUGUAACUCAAAAGGAAGCAGCAAUGUAAUGGAUAUUACGCUGGAUAUUUAUGGCAACGUUGUGAAAGCUGCUGGUCUAUACUCUACUAGUUGUUAUCCCACGUACGACAGUGGCAUUCCCAUCCUACAUCGAUUUAACAGCCAAGACAGCUUUCAGCUUCCCAGUUUGCUCGAUGCUAACGACACUAUCUAUCGUCCACCAAAGCCAUCUGGUUCUGUAUCAGCUUCGUCCUCUUUUGGUGUAAGCAUAUUCAAUCAUAAUACCACUCACAUGACAAUGGGCGUCAAAAAGACAGCACACAUUACCUUUUACAAUCGCAGGGAAAAUGCUACCUUUCCUACAGAUUGCUCCAUCGACAGCAGGGUCAAUUUUACCAACAACUUUAAAGACUUGCCUUAUGAUGCCGUGCUAUGCGAAUUAGAGAACGUCAUGCUUAAAUAUUAUAAUAAUAACAUGAUGGUCAAUGCUCAAGGAGAAAUGGUGAUGCUUGAUUUCACGUUAUUCCAAGCUUUUAGCGUCGAAGGAAAUCUACUAGAGGACAAGGAGCACAUGGUAGCUUACUCCACAAACAGUUUUCUCUACGGUAGCCCACCAGGCAUUGACGUUUCAACGAAUCUCUCCAACGACGCAAUUGGAUCCUUAUUGAUAGAGCUAGAUCCUUCUGAUUUGAAUCAGGAAACGGUUGACAUUUUGUCUGAGGUGAUCAACGCCAUCAACACACCUACUUGGUGGAUCGUAACUGUAUCUACGCUGGUAUUGCUAUUUCUGAUCCCACAUGCCAGUCGUUUUGUUGUGAGACGUAUCCCUGAAUAUGCAGAUAACUUGCGAAUUCUCUUACUACUGACGAUAGAGCGUUCCAGUGUCUUGGAAAAGGCAAGAAAAAUCAAAAACGUUGGUAUUCUGUUGACUGACCAAAGCGAUGAAACUAGCGACAUCGCCUUGCUGUCUGUCAAUGGGUACCCUAUAACUAUUGCUGACAAGUUGACGAGCGUCGAAACCAGCCUUAUUGAGGAGAGGACAGCUAGCACAGACGAAAAGCUUAUGCAUAGCAGUUGA